AUGAUGGAAGAAGGCCAGGAAGUGCAACUAUGUAUGCUGGUUAGACUCGAUAAUAGGCUUGAAAUGGCAAUCACAAUCAGCAAGGCAGACAUCCCUUAUGUUUACUGUGAGCCGUUGCUCGAUUCUGCUAUGUUAAGCAACACCGUGUUCCAUGCUCAAGAUAAAGUUAUCAAAUCAAAUCUUGGGGAAAUUACGGGUGGGCAAAGGGUACUGCAGUGCACAUUGCCAAACUUGGAAGAGCUUGUGUGGCACAAUGUUGAUAUGGAUCUUCUCUUGAAAUCAAACUUUCCGAAGUAUUUGCUGUCGAUAACUGCGGAAGCUCAGUCGAUGUAUGGGUUUCAGUUGUUGAGUGAAGCCCAUAUCAAUACUAUGUUUUCAAGGUCUCAGUACGAUGGCUAUCAAGUGGAGCCUAUUCAGUUUUUUCGGGAGAUCAUCUCUAUCGAGAUUUUCGUCUUUUGCUAG